AAACUACUCUGUCACCUAUACAGGUGGACAUAUGACCUCUCAGUAAAGAUGGGUCCUCAAGAGGACUACAUCGAGACGGUGUUUACAUGUGAAGGGGACAUCAAUGAUCCGAACCUUCAGUCUCGACUUGAAGAUUUCCGCAAAGGUCUUCGAGACCUGCUCUCAACAGAUAAGAGAAAGCUUAUCCUAAAGAAAGUAGAGCCAUGGAACAGUGUACGUGUGACGUUUAAUAUCCCUCGUGAAGCUGCUCAGAGGCUUAAACAGUUGGCACAGCAGGGAGAUUCAACACUACGACAAUUGGGAGUUUUAGCUGUGCAAAUUGAAGGCGAUCAGAUUAUCUCACUCACAAUAGCUGGUAGAAAUAAUGAAAGGACUAGGUUGGUUUUCCGAGCAGAAAGUGAUACAGUUGAUGCACCAUCAGUGUCUGUGUUAGACUCUAGUGGUGGUAGAUCAAAUGACUUCGAAACACCUGGACCAAGUAAUGCAGAAAGCACUACACAGAAAAACAUUGCUGACUAUCUUCGGCAAGGGGCACCCCUCUUUGACACAUUAUUUGGGCAGCAGUCAUCAGCACCUGAUGGGUUUCAGUCAUCUGGUCCUAGAGAUGUCCUGCCGUUUUCCUCAAUGGGAAUGCCAUCAUCAUCCACGGGCAGGAGUCCUCAAGCCCAACAGUCUUUUGGAUUUCCUCCAGGGAAAAACCCUACGAAUGUGCCACCUCAUCAGAGUGGGUUCUUUCCAUUUGAUCAGCAGGCCAAGGGCACUCUGGGUCAACCAGGAAUGAAACUGCCCUCACCACCAGGCUUAUCUCCUCACAGCAUUCCACAACAGCAAGGACACGAGCUUUCUCUACCUCCUCCUCCUCCUUAUCCCCAUGGAAGUGCUCUGGUCAACAAUUAUGUGAAGGGUGGCAGGUAUCCUGCAACGUCCACUGGAAGUCCAUUGCUAGUCAAUUUGCUUCAGACAGAACCGUCCUUAGCAGGCAUCAAUAACUUUAUGCACAGUAAAAUGCUGCCACCUCCAGAAACAGGGUCUCCUCCUAAAAAGAAGAGGCGGCAGCGCAAGCCCAAAGAAAAACCUAAUGCAACUGUAAGUGAGACACAGUCCCAGUCUCCCAGCACUCCAACAGCAGUGCCAUCAUCAGAGGGAGAAGUCUCUAUACAGAGUGUACCAAACCCUGCUCUGGCUACCUGUGGCUUGCCUCUGGUCACGUCAGGCAGCAGCUCAAAUAUGCCAAGCAUUCCAAUGGUUACACAGGCCUUACCAGCUUCUACACAACCAGCUGUAACCUUUUCUGGGAGACCACCUAUCCAUCCGCCUCACAGCCCAUCACACCAAAACACUGACACAAAUCUACACCUGGUUAACUCAACUGCUGCUUCUAACUUAAUUCCAUUGUCUCAGGAACCCAUACCAAGGAAGUCAGAUUCAGGGGAUGUAACUCAAUUUUUACCAGAAAACACAGCUGGAAAAAUCAUAAACCCAUAUACUGGACUUUUAGAACCUAUGGAAAAUUCAUCUGAUACAAGUCCCAUUAAAAGUGACAGUUCCUUGGAUGGAUUUUCCCCUCACAAAAAUCCUGUAAAACGUUCCCCAAAGGACAAAAAGCAGCCACCAAGUGGUAUUUCUCCAAAUAAACAUGUAGCUAUUAAUAAUGUCAUGCAUCAAGGAAGGAUGCCCCCAUCAAGUGAUAGGAUCUCAUCUGUGCCAAGUUCUUCUGCAGGACAUCCAAGUGUUAAUUACUCUAGGCAGCAACACCAGCAGAAUGAGACAUUAGCAGUGUACAGUAGCAGUGCUGGUAGUAAUAACUUAAUGUUGCCUUCGUCAUCAUCAUUCUCUUCAAUACCAUCUACUUCAUCAUCUCCACAGCCACUGACAUUCCCUGCAAGCAGGGGUAAUAGUGGUUAUGUGCAUUCUAGUCCUUCUCGGAAAGAAUCUGUAACCAGUGUACACAACAGCAAUUUGACACAGAACAGGGCUGUCAACAGGUCACCAGGAGGACCAGAGUAUAUGCCAGUUUCUAGUGCAUCUCAAGGUAUUGUCACCAAGUCACCAACAUCAUCCUCCCCCAGAACUUUGCCUGGCUAUGUGCCUGGUAUGUCAACUGUUUCAACUGAAAUGCAACCAUUGCAUCAAAGUGUGUACAAGAGUUUGACAUCUGGGUUCCCUGAGGACAAUCAUUUGACAACUGUUUGUUGUGGGGCUCACACAACAGCUAGUGCUUCUCCUAUCAUGAGCCACAGACAACAGCAUGUUGCAACAAAUGUUGUUGCAACCUCUACUCAGCAGAAAACAUCAUCAGAGAACACUAGUCCUUCAAAUUCUGAACAAUUGCUCAAUCCUCAUGUGAUGAACCAUCCAGCCAAACACACUGGUGUUGUAGGUACCAGCACAAACUGUUUGAUAGACAGCCCUGGUGGAGACUCGGAGAAUUCUAGCCAGAGUAGUCUUCUGCAUGAACAUUCUACUCCGAAUGAUAUAGCAGCCUCAGGCUGUACUCUGGAACAGGAGACAAAGGUGUACAAUCAUGACUCAGGAAUUGGCAGCUCAUCAGAAAGGUCAGAUGGCACACCAUCAGAACCUGGAGAUGAUUUCAAAGCAGCACAUGCUAACAGUGAAGAUUGUGGUGCAUCGGUCAAACAUUUUUUAGAUGGAAUAACUAAGACCUCAUGUGUACCAAAAUCAGAUGCUCAAGUGAUUACUGUUGGAUAUGCAAUGUCCAAUAGUCAUGUCAACAAAAACACAUUGAAGCAUAAUUCUGAUAUCUCUUCAAUUUUAUCAAUGCCAAUGGAAAAGGCUUUAAAUCAUCAAACAUUUAAUCAUGUGAAUUGCCGGAAAGACAAGACCAAGGUUAUGAACCAUGUUGGCCCUAGUCACCAAAAUACUGUACUACAUUGGUCGACUAGAGAGAAAAUAUUCUCUAACCAGGUAGAAUCCAACAAACGCAAAAGUCCAAAGCAGUUUCUGAGAGAAGAAUGUGUAGCACCAGUGAUGACGAACAAACAAAAGCUGCCUCCUUAUUCUGCAGACCAUUUAAAGCAUAUGCAGAAAAUGGAUCCUCUAAUAUCACCACAUGGCAAUUGCAAUUCUACAUUUGGUGGGACUGAUGUACACACUACAUUUUCACAUGGAGUAAGCAACAUGGGUAAAAGUGAUGAGCCAAGACGGGCACCAUUCUCAACACAACAGGAUGUGGCUAGAUCUACAGUUCCCUCUCUCAAGGUCAACAGUCACCCAGCCAGUAGAUGCUCCAGUCCUCGCUCAUCUAUGAUGUCUGAGGAUUCUUACCGAAUGUGCAAUAAUGACUACAAUAAUGUACAACCAGGGACAAACAACAUUGUGUCCCGGCCCACAUCUGGACCAUCAGGGGCAAGUGUGGUAUCUUUCAGUUCCUCAGAGGCUUCUCAGCCAAAUAUUUCACAAUAUUAUCAACAGAAAUCAUUUCCAAGGAAUCCUCAAGUAGACAAGAGGACAAAAUCUCCCCUCGCAAACAACCCAGUUUCUAUGGCAUCAAGCCAAGCAGACAAUGUGAUUCCAAGUUCAGGAAUGACAGGUUUUGGAAAGUCUGCUGAUGGAGUUCAUUCUCUGAAUUACAGUACAUGUGUUUCAGAGGUAAUGAGUAAUGGGCCAGUAACAUCCAAAUUGGACACAAGUAGGUGUGUUGUUAGCAGUAGUGGAAGUUAUGAUCCACAGAAAUUUUCAACAAGUGCAGCGUCUUCAAACAAGCGACGGUCCCCAGCAAACUCAAUGAUCAACUCUCUCCCCCAGCAUUUCUUUGACCCUGCCCUACCUCUAGCAAAACGGCUGACAGAAUCUGUACAGAAGCUGGUGAAGCCUCUACCCUCAAUAGAUCAGUCCUCACUACCUCAUUCACAACACAAGUCUCCUGUUAAUACAACAUCUACAAAAUCUCAAGCCUCUAGUUCUCCUCCUAGAUUAACUCGGACUGCACCAGAUGGUAGGCUGUCUGUGUCUGAGGCAGCAAUGGCUGGAAAAUUUGUCAAGUCUAAUUCACCUCUGGACACAGACUCAGCAGCUCCCCCACAUCUGUCUGCUGAAAUCCCCAAUUUAAUGACCUGCAGAACACAAGAAGAUGAACUAGUAAAUAAUCAAGAUUGUUUACCAAGCUCUAGUCACCAUUUCAUUCAGACUGACUUUCAAACUCUGCCCUCACAGGAAUCUAAUGUUUCUUUCACAGGCAGCUCAACUCACCAUACUUUCGCUAACUGUGAUUCAAACUUAUUAUUGCAUUCUGACUCAAACAUGGAAUCUCUGUGUAUGAAUCCAAUGCAAGAGAGAGUGCAUAGCAUCAGUGAUGGUAUGAAUGGUGGGACCAAGGGGGAGCCUAAUACCCGUGCAGAAAAUUGGACUGCUACUUUAGAAUCACAACCAAAUUUGAUGGCAAACAAUACUAGUGGAACGUUGUCUACACUCUUUACGAAUAGUGCUAAUGUGGAAGAACCUGUUUUACAAAUGUCUACUCCAUCUCGAAAGCAAAAAGGGACAUCUCAUAUUGGUGUGACUAGACCGGAUUGUGUAUUAAUGCAAACAACUUAUACAGCUUGUUCUACAAACACAGACAUUAAUACUUCUACUGUAGCUGUAGAAGCCAAGCACAUCCUUGAACAAGAUGAACAGACAGGUCAUUUACCACCAAAAGUUACUCUUAAUUGUAAUGGGAAUGAGUGCAAUACUUCUAGUACAGAGAAUUCCAAAAACUGUUCUCCAAAUUUACUCGUUAACUGUAGUGCCAACAACAAUAAUUUGUGUACGAAUACUUCUCAAUGUCCUGAGAUUACAUCUAGUCGUGCUGAAACUGUAGGUAGUGUGGCUGUCAGUGGUAUUACACCAACUAGUGCUUCAUAUCAGCAGCAGCACUGCGGAGACAAUACUGCUUCACAUAUGAACACAAAGCCAAAUUAUGAGAAUAUAUAUGAUAAACGACCAGAUAGUUUGUCACAAGAACAAUACACAGGUAAUUUCAGUAUACAGAACUUAAACCAAAAUGAAGACGAAACCCACUCAAAGGAGAAAACUAACAAUGUUCCACAGCUGCUACCAGUGUACAGUGACAGUAAUCUUGGUAACUGCACGGAUGGUAUCACAGAUUCCUCGGCACAUGCUGUUGCCUCCAAAUCACAAAAACCAGCCAGUGUGCCUGAUAGUUCCAGGCCUUCAACACCAGACGAUUUCUCCACAACUACAAUGGCAUUGAGACGAAGCAGAAAGUCUUCAGAAUCAAAUGAAAAUAAACCCAUUGAAAGCAAACCAAAUGAAAAUAUGUCUUCAGCCCAACACAAUCUUCGUCUGACUAGACAACGUAACAAUCCAUCAGAAGCAGCUGAAAAGGAAUCUGGUACAAGACAGCGUUCAAACACCGCCGACUCACAGGACAAGAGUACUGACAGUGAAUUGGGUAAGAACCUACGAACAUCUUCUCGGAGAAGGAAACCAAUGCAGAAUGAGGAGAUUGGUGUUUCAGAUCCUAACAAGAAAAUAACAAGUUUAGAUGAUUCUGAGGUAGCAAAACAUACUCGUUCUUCUGAUACCAAAGAUAAUGUCAAUACCACUCUGAAGAAUGAUACUGUAAAGGUGUCAACCAAUGAAACAAUUGAUGGUUUGACUUCCACGCUAGAUUCUGUCAAAACUGGACUCAGGAACAGAACUCAGAACAAGGCACCUUCUGGGGAUGAAAAGCAAAAGGCAAUCAACAAAGACCCAAAGAAAAAGCCAUUAGUUUCAGAAGAUGAAUUAGCACAGAACAAGAAAGCUCAACUGAGUCGGCGAAGUAGACACUCUCCAACGCUUGCUAUCCAAAACCAAAUCCGUGACAGGUCUCCAGUGCGCAGUCGAACCCGAACCUUAGUAUCCCCCAACACUGACCCACAGGAGGACUCUAAACGCUCUACUCGGUCCUCCAAACCCAGAGAUGCAACCGAAACUCUACCUCCUCCUAACAAGCGUCGACGUUCCUCCCGAGACCACAGAUAAACCCUACUAUUACUGUCUCAUACUAACAUCCAACUUGGUACUCUGUUGAUGGUUGAUUUAGUUAUUAUUGACAAUUGUAAAUACUCUUGACUCUUUCAAAGUAUAAGUUGUAUCUAGGAUCAUUGAUUUGUCGUGUACAUAGUCUGAAGUGUUGAAAUCAAGAUCCUGACUUGUUUGUAGCGAGUGUGAGGAUGUAUACUUGUAGUAAGGGGUGUUGUCACUCCAAAUGGCAUUUGUUUGUACAGAACCCGCACCAUUAUUAUGUGCAUUAGUUUGAUAAUUUAUUUCUUUUUAGUGAAAAAUAGUGCUCUAAUUAUGAAUAACUGUCAAUUAUGUUGUAUAUGAACUUAUUUCACUCAUAUAAUACAUACACAUAGUAUAUAUAUUAUAGAUAUAUAUUAUAUAUAAAACUGGGUACAUUUGAUGAAGUAAAAAGUGAUAUUUGUUUUGAUUUUUUUUUCUCAUUGAUUUUCACCCCUAACCUGGUGCCCAGAUAAUACUAAAAAAGGAUACUGCAGAUGAUAGUUAAUAGGCAAAUAGAUCUAUAAACAUAUGUAUAGAUAUAUCAAUCAAAAACAGUUACCCUCAUCUCUGAUGUAUGUGAUACUUUUUGUCUUGUUGUUAAAUGAUAUAAGGCAGUCUGAUUGUGUAGAACUGCCUGUUAUAUGAGAAAGUUGCAUAAUUUUCACUUUGUUAUGGAAGCUUUAGACUACUAAUCUGCCCACAGUAAUGGACACAAGGUGUUUUGUUGUCAGGGCUGUUUUAUGUUUUGUUAUUAUGUAUAUAACAUUAAUCAUGUCUCUAGUCCUGGGGCUCCAUGUAUGGUACAGUCCACCACAGGUAUUGGUGAAUAUGUACCUAAACAAAGCUCAUAACUCUUUAAACAACCACACACCAUUUUAUCAUCCAGUAAUGAAUUAACUUUUCAUAAUUUUGAGUUUAUUGAAAUUAUCACUGUCAUCUUUUGUAAAUAAAGCAUGCACCAUCAAGGCUGGUGAUACACUACUGUCGGUGUUGAGUUUGCUGAUGUUAUGUACAUAUAUAAGGAGCUUGAAUAAUGUAGGGGUUGGUUUGAACUGAGUGACCAUUUAUUGUCCUUAGAAGCCUUCGUGGCGAAUUCUCUUUCAUGUUGGGUCCUUGUUCAUUGGCAAAUUAUUUUCUUCAUUCUUUCAGGGAUAUAGGUUAUCACACUUGCUUCAGUCAAAUUCUUUCCCCGUGUUUGUUCAAAACAGAUAACAUUACUAGGUAUCUUACCUGCAGUUGGUUUUUGUACCCGUACAGUUAUUAGCUCUCUGUGUCUUUUUGGUGUCCAUUCAGCAUAUUUUUAUUUUUAUAUCCAGUAUUCGUGAAUAAACAUAGCUCACAUUUGCAGUA